UGAGCUACCCAGGUAUCCCAAUUUGAGGCUUUUUUUAUAUCUUCCUUCUCUCAACUUUUUGAACAUAAGAAAUACAGUUAUAACUGUUUUAAUGUCCUCCUUAGGCCCAACUUCUUUCAGUUCUAGGUCAGUUUCAUUUGAUUAUAGACUGUUUUCCUGCCUCUUUGCAUGUCUAAGUAUUUAUGGAUCCAUUUUUUUAAUGGGUGCCAUACAUUAUGAAUGUGAUCUUACUGAGGGCUAGAUAGCUGCAUUCCUAUAAAUCUUGAGCUCUGUUGUGUAAUGAGUUUACAUUACUCAUUACUCAUACAUUACUCAGUCAACAAUUUGAUCUUCCUAAGUGUUGCUUUUAUGAUUUGUUAGCUAAGUCAGAGCAGGAGGACAUAAAGACAAGCAUGGCAUUAGUGAAAGUGGAUAUAUAAGCCCAGGUACUAAACCAUAGCAACACGGCUAAGGGGACAGUUAAAACUCGAUCAGGGUGGCGGAGUGCAGCCUCACCUCUGCCCUCUAUCUCCCCUUCCUGAGGUAGUAGCAGCAGCAUGAAGAGAGCAGGAAAGGCUGGACUAUUCCCUGGGUAAGCUUGGGGGUACCCUCAUGGGAUCUGAAACCUUAUCACAGAAACAAACUAGGCUUCAAAUAUAGACACAGAGCAGCUGCUGGCACAGAGCUGUCCAGGAAGAGGGUCCCACCCAUCAUUCCACUCUGCUUCACCCUUGCCAAUCACAUCAAGGGCCUUGGGAUGUCAUCACACUGCUCAGGAACUCAGCUUACUCAUUUGUAAAUCGGGGUGACCCCACCUGCUCUGCCUAGCUCAGAAGAGUGUUCUGUCCGGGGAGUAAGGUGUGCUCAUUUCUGCAGCACAUAUACUGAAAUUGUCCUAGGAGUCAGAGAAGUAAAAACAUGCUGAGUUUCUGAAACUGACACCCCACUCCUUUCUACACACUGCCUUAGCCAACUGACUGCUAAGACCCCUCCUAGAAGGCCCUCAAGUUAUGUGGUCAGAGAUUGUAAAGAAGAGGACAGAGGACCUAUCAUUUGAUUCUAACCUCCUUGCAGGGUAGGCUCCACCAGGGAAGGUGGCCCCUUCCCUCUGCCUCAGUUCUGAUGGAAGCCUGGGAUGAGUGGUUUCCUUAAUCUUCAGGCUCAAAAGUCUGAGAACAGCAGGGAAUCCACCCGUAGCCUCCAGAUCCAGGCAUUUCUGUCAUUCCUUUCCCCUUAUCUCUGAUUUCCUACCUGUCAGAUGAUGGUGUCUGAAGGCAAGAGGCCAGAGUUCCCAACAGCCCUCUGGUUCUAGGCUGGGUCAUCUCUGCAUCCAACCUCCUUUUGGAAGGGCCCAAGGAAACAGACCAGACCAGACCAAGUGGCUCAACCAUGUCCAAGCCAUUGGUUAUUUCUGGCAAGAAUGAGGUGAUCUAGGUUAUCCCUCUAUCUCCAGUAGCACCCAAGGACCCUGGAGCGCCUCAGCCUGGUUCAGGUCCCACAUCUUUUAUAUUUCUGGGUGGCUUCCAUCACCUGCCAGUCUGGAGCUUUGAUAACCGUGUGAGAUUUGGGGGGAAAGGUGGGAAGGUCUGGGUACAAAGCUACACACACGUACUUGAAGUAAUUGUAGAUUCACAUGCAGUUGUAAGAAAUAAGACACCCCCUUUGCGCUUUGCCUAGCUUCCCCCAAUGCUGACAUAGCGGGGUAUCACAACCAGGAUGCGAACAUUGGUACAAUCCAUCAGUCCAUCUAUGGUGUGUGCCACUGUAAUGCUAGACCACUAAAUUUACCUACUUAAGUUGCUUGUGGCCGGGGGUACUGCACCCCGCUACUCCAUCAGUGCCCCUGCAAACAGGACGGAGGUUAGCGAGGGAUUUUAACAGGGCCUAGUAUCUUCUGGACUCCUCAUCCACGUGAUCGCUUAAUCCUCACCAGCGCCUGUUUCAUAGACGUUAAGACUGAGGUGCGGAGAAGGGUGGAGGGUGAGUGGGUCUGGUAGGAGCUAACUCAGGCUGCCUACUCUAUCUACCCUCUGAGCACAGCCCCGUGGGCCCCUGGGGGCACUAGGAGGCUUGGAAGGCUCGGCAAACACUAAUGGAGUCCGUGGAGGCCCCGAGCAGGGUCCCAGCGGCGGAGGGAGCGGCUAGUCGCCGCACGCCGGAACUAAGCUUCAGGGUGUGGCCUGGCCCUACACCUGGUUCCACCCGCGAGGACGAGGAAGCAACGCCGGGCCGCAGUCUGCAACCAGAGCUCCCCUGCGCGGGCGCCCGGCCGGUGUCCGCCCCGGGGAACGCCGGGAAGCUGCCCCGCCCCUCCCCGCGCUCUUCUCCCCCCGCUGCGCGGCGCUCGCCUGCCCCCUACUGCCGCGGGGUGGGCCCUGCAACCCCGGCCCUCCCCGCCUUCGCCCCGCGCACCCCCCAGCUCCGGAUUGGCCGCUCCAGAAGUCUCCGGGCCAGUAGCCUUCCGCCACUGGAUUGGCUGCACCCCGGGGCUGAGGCCCCGCCCAUUUCCCCGGGUCCUUUGAUCACGCGCCGGCCGGCUCUUCCGGGGCCUGGGAGCCAACCGAGGGCGUUCCUGUCCGGGCUGCAGCGGCGGGAGGUCCCUUCGACCGUGGGACGGCGUGCAUGCGACCGUGCAAGCUCGGUGCCCCCACGGACACCGGGACAGGGAGCCCUGUGGAGGCGCCCUCCCGAGGCCCCACUGCCCAUGCUGACGACCCAGCCCUCCGGCUGCCGAUGUCAUGAGUAACACUACAGUGCCCAAUGCCCCCCAGGCCAACAGCGACUCCAUGAGUGGACCGGCUUCGCCAUCACCUGCUCCCCAUGUACAGCUACGACCCCGCAGAGGAGCUGCAUGAGGCUGAGCAGGAGCUGCUCUCGGAUGUGGG